GACAGCUGCCUCCCUCGACAGCCUCCAGCUGAGACACUCUGGCGGUCAUGCUGUUGCGUUUGCACACGGAGACGUAGCGGCGGUGGGUCACAAGGCUGCCUCAGAUUUUGCACCCUGGCUCGGUUUAAGAAGGAUGUCCGGCGGGUUCUGCUGAGCAGUUCGGAGUCAACAGAGACAGAGUGAGAGUCUCUGGGGCUGAAGAUCACAACAGGGAAGUUACAGACUUCAGCGUGGAUCAAGACACCUCCAGCUGCGUCACAUGUGCUUUUAAGUUUUAAAUCUCUCCGUUUUUGUUUCUGUCUGGGCAUUUUUUUUUUUUUUUUUUUUUUGCCACUUUGAGCAUUUUUUUUUUUUUUUUUUUUUUUUACAACUCAUAUCCACCCAAGAAGUCAGUGAUGUUCAAGAAGAAGGAUCCAGAGAGACUUCCCCUGGUGUCAGAUGAGAGGAACAAAUACGUGGGAAGUGUGACCAAACAGGACGCGUUGCACAAAGACGACAAUGGCAUCAUCAAGCAUUGCCACGACAAUAGCCACGCGCAGGAGGACCGCGAGCGAGAGAAGAAGGUCGCCAGGAAGAGGCUGUACGUGGUCUCCGUCAUCUGCCUGAUCUUCAUGAUCGGUGAAAUCCUCGGUGGAUAUUUCGCAGGGAGUCUUGCGGUGAUGACGGACGCCGCCCACCUGCUGGUGGAUUUCACCAGCUUCAUCAUCAGCCUGGUUUCCCUCUGGCUCUCCUCCAGACCUGCCACGCACAAGCUCAGUUAUGGCUGGCAUCGUGCAGAGAUCCUGGGUGCGCUGCUGUCAGUGUGGACCAUCUGGUUGGUAACGGGAGUCUUGGUUUAUUUGGCUGUGGAGCGUCUCAUCAGCGACGACUACACCAUCGAGGGCACCAUCAUGCUCAUUACCUCUGGGUGUGCUGUGUUGGCGAACAUCAUCAUGGCCCUCACCCUUCACCAGUCCGGUCACGGCCACAGUCACGGCGGUCUCAGCUCGCACGGGCACGGUCACAGUCACAAAAAAGGAAAAGGAAAAGGACACAACCACGGCCACUCGAAUAACGACCACGCUGACUUGGAGCAACAUGGAGGCGAUCACGGAAGGAGGGCUCAGCAGGCCAACGCCAGCGUGCGAGCGGCCUUCGUCCACGUGGUGGGAGAUCUCCUCCAGAGCAUCAGCGUGCUCGUCAGCGCCAUCAUCAUCUUCUUCAAGCCAGAAUAUAAGAUUGCUGACCCCAUCUGCACCUUCCUGUUCUCCAUAUUUGUCUUGUGCACAACCUUCACCAUCAUGAGGGAUAUUAUCAUCGUCCUGAUGGAAGGUACUCCGGCGGGUGUGAGAUACAGCGAGGUGCGGGACGGUCUGCUCGCAGUGAAGGGAGUGACAGCGGUCCACAACCUCCACAUCUGGGCCCUCACCAUGAACCAGGCUGUGCUGACUGCACACGUAGCUAUAGAUGAGUCAGCGGAUGCUCAGACUGUGCUGAGAGAAAUGACACAGGCUUGUUUCUCCUCCUACAAUUUCCACUCGGUUACCAUUCAAAUGGAGAGACAGGCCGACCUGAAGCCCGGGUGUACGCUGUGCGAGGACCCCAAGAUGUAGAACCCGGCACCAGCAGGAUGAGGCCAGGCUUUGAUCAAACUGAUGAUAGUUAAGUUGUUCUGCACUGCUCAUUGACCUUUUCUUAAAAUGUUGAUAUUGAAAUAUCUGAGUGUGUGCCUGAAUGAGAGACACAACGCUUCCUCAUGAUGUAAAUGAGUGUGAACGUGUCCAAAACUUUAACAUCAUGAGUCGUCUUUGCCUUUAAGCUCGUCCAGUUCACUGAAUAACAUAAAUUUCCAUCUUCUCUGAAUCUCUACAUUGUCCUAAACACUUUAACUCAACUCUGAUUACCUUGUGGCAUCAGCAUAAAGCACUGUGUGUUUGACAAUUAACCUACCGUGUCACUCUAAGAUCAAGGUUAUACAGUCACAGGCAUUUGCACACAGUCUGGUUUGUCAAUAAGUGAACAACAGCCACCUCAGAAGUACUGUAUAUGGAGCGCAUUAAGUGUAUUUUGAUACAUGAUCACAAUGUCUGUACAGUUGUAAGGUACGAGCUGAAAUGAAUUAUUCAAAAUGAAAUAAAAUAUUCCUUUUUCACAUA